CAGUUAUUUGACCGAUGGUGUCAUUCAAAGAAGGUAGACAAAAGUCACGAUAAGUUAAGACAGUUAAUUUUAAUAGAAGAAUUUAAGAGGUGCAUUCACAGUGAUGUCCGAACGUUCAUCGAUGAGCAGAAAGCAGAAACGUUGGAAGACGCGGCACGGUUAGCAGAUGAGUUCUCAUUAAGUCACAAGGUGACAUUUGUGGACAAGCCCCUUCGGCCCAGCUGUACAUCAUCUAGUCAAGGUCCACGCUCUACACCACCACGCUGGCCUGGC